AUUCAUUUAGUAAAUACUUUUUCUAUAUGAGUCACGUCAGUCGAGUAACGUUACAUUUCAUUCACAAGUGACAUACGAUUUACGAAAGAUUCGUUCACUGACUCGUUCAGUGAUCAUUCAUUUCUGCAAGUGUAACGUUACAAGUUGUGAUGUUACUUAACUAAAACGAUUUACGUAUCUGAAAGAUUCGUUUAAAACAUCGAUUCGUUCGUGAACAAAACGACACACAUUCUGCUGCGGAGUCUGGACUUCACUAAUUUGAAUACACUUUUUGAGACCGACAAAGAGCAAUAACGUUUUUAAGCUCAUAUAUCAAAGGGCACAAGCGUGUGGGUGCUUCUUUAUACCGGUUCAUACUAGUUUAGCUUUUCUUUGCUACCGCAAGGUUGUUAUAAUUACAAGACUGUGCAACAUUUUCUCUUGCGUAUCAUCAUGAAGAUGAAAGAGAAUGACAUCCUUCUUCUGCCACGGAACAUUCUGAUAGGGGACUGUGGCAAAAUUAAAGCAGAUACGUGACCUCUCAAUGAGAAAAUACCUCUCGCUGGAGAAAACGAAACCGCAGCUGACGUAGGCGCCGAGCGGAGGCGUAGCUCACACUCCUCUCGUCUUCGAGCGUCUGUCUCGGAGCUUCAGUUCAGCGGGACAUGGACAACCAGUGAGCACGUGCCCUGCUCUUAUCACACUGACCGAGAGGAUUCAAUCAAGGAUGGCGUACGAGAAUGAAAAUGCGGGUAUAGAACUGCUUCUUGCUCACAUGAACAUUGAAGACUUCAUCCAAGAGGAAGAUAAUUUCUACUGUGUUGGCGAGGAGGUGGAAUCGGGAGUUUCGUUUGAGGAAAGUUUCUCACAAGAAGAUAUGGAUGAGACUGAGGAGACGCCACAGGAUUUGAGCUCACAUGUGCAAAAUCCCGGAAAGGUCCGUUACGGGACAGCGUCCGACCUCCUGGACUUUGUAAAUAUGGUUUCAAACACACUGUCCUCCUCGCUCUUAGAGGUGGGAGAAGAAAUGGGGGUUCUGCUCAACAAGACAGACAUGGUCAUUAAGGAUGGGCAUUAUCGCAUUGAUUUGGACGUCCUUCUGUUUCCGUGGAAACUAACAUACAAGCCCCCAGGCCCUGGAUAUGUUCCCAAAGGCUCAUUUGGGAAGGUCCAUCUGGCUCAGGACACCAAAACUCGGAAGCGAAUGGCAUGCAAACUAAUUCCUGUGGAACAUUUCAAGCAUGCAGAGGUGGAAAUCCAAGCCCGGUUCCAGCACGAGAACAUAGCACAGCUGUAUGGGGCCUUGCUGUGGGAACAGACCGUGCAUUUGUUCAUGGAAGCGGGUGAAGGCGGCUCGGUUCUAGAGAAGCUGGAUAGCUGUGGUCCAAUGAGAGAGUUUGAGAUCAUUUGGGUCUCUCAGCAGGUUUUGCGAGGCCUGGAGUACUUGCACUCUCACAAGAUUAUACACCACGACAUCAAACCCAGUAAUAUUGUGCUGAUGUCUGCUAAAGCCGUGCUGGUGGAUUUUGGGCUGACAGUACAGAUGAAGGAUGAUGUAUAUAUUCCUCGCGAUUUACGUGGCACAGAGAUGUAUAUGAGUCCAGAGCUAGUUUUAUGUCGAGGACACAACACAAAGACCGACAUCUACAGUCUGGGAACCACAAUCAUACACAUGCUGAGUGGAAGUCCUCCAUGGGUUAGGAGAUAUCCCAGAAGUGCCUAUCCCUCAUACCUUUACAUAAUCCACAAACAGGCCCCUCCUCUGGAGGACAUACCUGAAAGCUGUAGCCCCGCGAUGAGGAGACUCCUGGAGCACGCGCUCGAUAGGGUCCCCGCGCGGAGGAGCUCUGCCACAGAAUUACUGAACGAGGAGGCCCUCCAUCCUUCUCGGGAGGACCAGCCACGCUGUUGGAGCCUGGACUCGGCACUGGAAGAAGGCACACAUCCAAUGCUGCGACAGCUCAGUCAGUUUUCAGACAGCACCCAAGAUUCGUCCUUGUACACCGAGGAUUCUGGGCACUCGAAGAAGAAAGGUUCCCUCCAUAUAGAUCUGGGCGCCUUGGCUGGCUACUACAGUCUGGUUAGAGGGCCACCAUCUUGUGAAUAUGGCUAGUUAAGGUGGAUUUUUGCUAAAAUCCACUGGAUUACUUGUAUAGUUUGCAUUCAUAUAUAAGCUGUAAGAAUUGUGGAGCUAAACUCAUCAAUCUGAUGAUUGAGCAUAUAUGGUCCCAAAUGAGGACAGUCUACACAGAUUGGAUAGUGAUUGGACGUGAAGAGAAGACGGUCCUGAGGUGUUUAUAUUGUUUGAUGAACAGUUUGUGAGGAGUAGUUUUGUUAAUGCAGUUCUUUGUCUGUGUUAUGAGAACAUGAAUAUAUAUGACAAUAUACUGUAUUUGAAAUGCAUACUAGGGAUGCAACAAUAUAAAAAUCUGACCAAUACAGAUAAGCAGAAAAAUAUUUGUAUAUUAUGACUGCUGAAAAUAAAUAGCUGAGUAUAUGUAUGCACCUUUUUCUUUAAACAACAACAACGUUAAAUUUAUUUAGGCAUCACAUUAUAAAGUAUGAGAAAUGCAUAUUCUACAGUAUGAAAAAUGCAUAUUAUAUAAUAUAUAUACUACAGCUAAUUGCAGAUCACCGUAGCUGUGCUAGGUGCAUUGAUUAUGUAUUCCAUUUCUGAUCACAUAAGGGCAGGCCCUAAUGAUAGUAAAUCUGUGCUUUAAAAUAUGUUGAAAUAUUCAUUAAAAUGAUUAUUAUGCUAGA